ACUUCUGUAUACAUCCUGAGCAGGGAAAUCUGCAGAGAUGCCAGGGAAAGGAUUGCUUGAACGGCUUGAAAAUGGCGGCAGUGUACUCAUUGCGGAAGGAUAUUUGUGGGAAUUCGAAAGAAGAGGCUAUAUACAACAGGGAGCACAUGUACCGGAAGUUGUCUUAGAACACCCCGAAUUGGUCAAGAUUAUGCACGAGGAGUUUGUUCAUGCUGGGACUGACGUGUGCGAGGCAUUCACUUACUAUGGUAAUAGGGAAAAGCUCCGAUUUAUAGGACGGGAAGACGACCUAGAGAAACUCAACAGAAUGGCCCUGAAGAUGGCUCGGGAAGUAGCUGACAAGACGGGAACGCUAAUGGCCGGCGGGAUCUGUAACACAGGAGUUUAUCAAGCAGACAAACCGGAGACACAUCAGCAAGUGAAGGAGAUGUACAAGGAACAAGUAGAAUGGGCAGUGGAUGAGGGAGCUGACUACAUGAUAGCUGAGACUAUAGACACCCUAGGAGAAGCCAAAAUAGCUCUAGAGACCAUUCAACAGUAUGGAAAAGGGAUGCCAGCUGUUAUGACUCUUGCCUGUUACGUCCCGGACGAGACGAUAGACGAGGUACCAAUAGUGGAGGCAUGUCGUAAACUGGAGGAGAUGGGAGCUGCUGUGGUUGGCCUUAACUGUGGGCGGGGCCCCAAAACCAUGCUUCCACUUCUACGAGAGAUCAGGAAAGUGUGUAAAGGACCAAUCGCAGCCCUGCCGGUUACGUAUAGGACUCGUGAUGGCUGCCGUAGUUUUCAGUCUCUCAAAGAUCCCGACACAGGUAAAUAUGCGUACCCGAUCAAUGUAGCGUCAUGUCUGUGUAGUCGAGAUGAAAUCCGAGAGUUUGCAGAGGAAGCCAAAGCGAUUGGAGUAAAUUACAUCGGGCUAUGUUGUGGGAAUGCACCAAAUUACUUCCGAGAACUUGCGGAAGUAUACGGACGAACCCCAGAGGCUUGUAGAUAUAGACCAAACAUGUCUUUCAAUUAUAUAUUUGGAGACACUGAAAAGACGGAUAAGUAUGAUUCGAAGAAGUUGAGACAGUACAUGGUAACGGGAAAAGAAUAAGAGAAGAAUAAUGACAGUGAGGAGAGGAGAGAUCUUUUUUAAAAGUAAGAUCGAGUGAGUGUAUGAUUUUUUAAUGUUACGGAUACCGUUGGUGAACAUAGAAACAAGAACAGCUAAAACGUAAUGUAAUCUAUGUUUAUCUAUAUACAAAUCAGGAUUUUGAAAGUUGUUUACGUGCUUUGUUGUGUAUAUGUUAACUAUGACCAAUCCCAUUUUUACGAGAGAAAUGUUGAUGACAAACGAGAAAUCCGCCAUAGCUUGAAAUGAGCAAUUUGUAUAUGACAACCUUGUGUAUAAUGUACGAGAAUGAUGUGUGACUCUAGAAACUAAUGGUCAAGAUGUAUGUGUAAAAUGGGACCAAACGGCAAUAAACUUACCGUCGCAAUCAAGAUGACACCGGUGGUAUUCUCAGGAAGUGAUUACUCAGAUAAUUUGUUGAAUGUCUUUUAUCAAUCAACGAAAUAAAUCUUAU